GGGUUCGGUGUCUAUUUUUCUUCACAACCAACAUACAGUCAUACGUAUGCAAAACCAAACUCAAAGGGUGAACGUUUUAUGUUUGUAUCUCGUGUUCUCAUUGGUAAAACCAUACUUGGUAAUGGUACGAUGAAAACACGUCCCGUUGGGUAUGAUACGACAACAGACGGACAACAUAUUUUUGUUACAUAUCAUGAUGCACAAGCGUAUGCGGAAUAUUUAAUUACUUAUAAGUAA